UACAGAUAACAGUCAUCAUGAAUCGUGCCGGGAUUGUAACAUUAAUCUGUUGGAUAUGUAGUUUGAGCCAGGCUACUGCGAUAGGAUGGAUUUACCCAUACAAAGCAUUCUAUAAGGAGGUGAAUGAAUCGUUCUCGCUGAAAUGUACGCUAGAUAUGCGUUCGGUAGAAGCACGCGGAUUAAAUAGCAGCAAUCUAAUGUUCUACCGUGGGGAUGAGCCAGUACCCCGCGAACAAGUUAAGAUACUUAAUGCUUCGACUAUUGAGUUUACGGUCGAACGAGCGGUGCCCCAGACGAACUAUGUAUACACAUGCAAAGUCAACGAUACGAAGGGUGUUGGAAUGCGCAGUGUCUACAUAGGACACAAGCCACGACCGGUCAAGGACUUCAAGUGUCGCGCCCCGCUCUGGGAAAAGCAUAUGGAGUGCACGUUUACACCGGAUCCAAAUACGAUUGGAACAGAGUAUAACUUAGUGUUUCACUUUUCACCAUUCAUACAAAAUUUUUCCUGUAAACUGGAACUAGAUAACGAUUUAAAUCAAAGAAGAUGCAUCAUCAAUGGCGAUACGGGAUAUCGGAAUCUCAAUGAGUAUUACUUUUUCGUACUGACCGCAAAUAAUACGUUCGGCAGGUUGAGCCAAUCGUUCACGAUCAAUCAAUUCGAUGUGGUCGUUGCACAUCCUCCCGAGGACUGUGCGAUUGAAAAUAUCACGUCAGACAGUGCGAUUCUUAAAUGGAGAAAGUGGUACAGAUAUGACGGGUUUACGUUUCGAAGCUUUAUUUGCGAAAUCAAGCUAUUGUCUAUCUUCGACAAUAACGUAUGGCGCACGGUAAGCGUCGAUGGUUUGAAGCUGAACCAGCGUAACUAUACAUUGCCCUUGCGGAAUCUCCCGUACGCUGCGGCAGCGUACGACGUACGCAUCCGAAUGCGCGUAAACUCGAGCGAGGAAGGUGAGGACAUGUGGUCAAAUCAUACUAGCUGCCUGUUCGAAACGCUACCCCGCAAACCGGAUAUGCCACCGGAUGUGGCGGUUGGUGGCUUUGAAAAUUCCAACGAACAUCAUCUGUUCGUUUACUGGCGAGAGUUGGACAAUUGGCAGCACAAUGCACGCAGCGGGUUCUACUACACUGUUACUAUGAGAAUUGGACAUGAUGGAAGAAUUAUUGAACACCUGAACGCAACUACGGGAAUGAUUGAUCGGCAUCGCGUAGCAGACAUGGACUACACAUUCACAAUACGCAGUGCCAAUGGGGAGGGUAGUUCGGAACGUAGCAGUACCGUGUUUGUUCCCAGCCGUCAGCAUCGUCUUGCCAAACCUAUAAUCGACAAGCUGCUGUCCGAUUCGGGCAAGUUCACCCUGUCCUGGAAGGCUCCUUCCAGCAUUCGCUCAGCGAUCACAAGCUACACGGUGUUUUGGUGCAAUACAACUAGCAACUCACCAAACGAUUGCAACGGAUCGAUAAAUUUUACAACCGUAGCACGGGACCAAACCACUUUCGUGCUAAAUGAUGCUGGUUCAACGCUUAAUUUUGCCGUGGCGGCUAACUCUGGACGGCUCUCAUCAGGGAUGGUAUGGGCCGCAUGCACAGCGACACAUAAAACAGACAUUGGAAAGCUAAAAACUAUCUGGAUUGCGGAAAUGCUUUCGUCGUACAUUAACUUGAAAUGGAAAACCGAGUGCGGUGAUGUGGCACAUACCGGGUAUAUAAUCUACUACUGUCCGAUAUCGAGUCCGCGUACCCUUGGCUGUAAGGAACCCGAGCUAACCAUAAAUGUGACCGAUAAGAAUCAGCAUAAUAGCCGGUUGGAAAAUCUUAAACCGUACGUGACAUACAAAAUUGAAAUCGCCAUGUACUCCGAGACGCACAUUGGACCACGCAGUGAACCGCUAGUAAAUACGACGAGGGAAGCAGCUCCCUCACCACCACGAAAUUUAGUGGUCCGUAAAAUCACGAACAGCAGCAUAACACUACACUGGGAACCUCCGGAACAUAUAAAUGGUGGCAAAAUGAGCUACGAAAUUAACUACAAUGAACAUCCCCUGAAGUACAACGUGGAAGAACCGGAAGCUGAAGAGAACCAAACGCUCGAGAAUUUGGAUGCAUUUACCGAGUACAACAUUACCGUACGUGCACUAACUAUCGGAUUUUCAAAUGCCAGCGAACCAGUGCGCGUUCGCACGCUGGUAGGAAGCCCUCAAGCGAUCGGACAGCCAAGUACGAACAGUUCCAACAAUUCAAAACUUACUAUUAGUUGGAAUCCACCGGCAAAACCAUCUGGCUGUGUGGAGUUUUACGAAUUGCGAGUAAAAGCGAGGGAGAUUGUGACGUAUCAACAGCGUAGGACAGAGUGCCAGCUGCGUGAAGCGAUAUGCCAAAAUCGGGAUAGUUCCAAGUACGAAUUCCUCGUUCGUGCAGUAAACGUAGACAUUGGCGGAGCUGAAGAGGAAUCCUUUGAGCAACUAUCGUGUCAGGAUCGCUGGACCGAAUUAAAUCGCAUGUGGUCAGAUCUGAAGCGAUUUGUUGCUCACGCAGAAUGUGGAACGUACGAAGCGAUAGCGGAACGAUCGUCAGAUUAUUCAUGGCUUGAUUCACCUCCACCAAACGUAAGACUGCACUAUGGCCCAUGGUCCGAACCGUUGGCACACUGGUGCUCGAUGGAGAACAAGAACGCUGUACAACCGUUCAUGCUAAUCGGAGUGCUUAUGAUGUGUUCCGUGUUGGUGCUGUGUUAUUCGUACAUCCGAGUGAAGCAUGUAUUGCAGGUGAAGGUGAUCAUUCCGGACGGUCUGAAUGACAUAACGGGUUCUGGAAAGCCAGGCUUUAAUGCUGUGAUUGGACCAAAUGGCAUCAUUUUCACUGAGCACCAUCGUGUCGAUCACAUUAUCACAGGUAGCUCUACCAAGGAGGCAAGCUACAGUAAGGAACAGAACCAGUGUCUAUUGCCGUCUUCUUCGUCCUCGGGUGGAAGUAUAGCGGACUUAAGCGGUCACGAUCAACGAUCGUCAGCUGAUUAUUGUAGUAACAGUGGGUGCUGUGAGGAUGACAGUACAAGCUUUUAUGAUCAGGAAGCAGAACGCCAAGAUCUCCAUGGAUACAGCGACGAAACUACGGAAUCGUUGGAAAACAGUCAGGCACACGAUAGGCACCUGGGCAGCACUAGCAGUAGAUCAAAUGACGUCUUAGAGCCAUCGUUUGGGCGCAUGAACCAGGGUAAUGCAAGCUCAGCCAUGAUGUCAAUGGAAGGCAGUGGAAGUCACAACCGACCAUCGGCGAUGCCACUUACCGUCACCUCUGGAUAUGUUCCGGCCCCAGUAGUCAACACCAUCAAACAGCCUAUCAAUUCCAAUGGAUACUUGCAAAUAGGAGCACUGACCAAUGGAAGCAUGAUGGCACCAAUGGACACGAUGCAAAAAGCGAUCAAUGCCAAAAUGACAGCAGCAGUUCCAAUAUCAGGGUACGUUACACACAAGCAGCUAUCAGAUUAUGGACAACAUUUAAAAUAAAUC